AUGCCCACUGCCCAGGCCCCGCUCAUCGCCUACACCCCCACGUGCCAUGAGACCCCCGCCCGCCCUCCACUCACCGCCUCGGCCUCACCCCGAAACCCUCUCCCCCCGGGGCCGGCGGGCAGCGCCGGCGGCGGCGGCGGCUGCGGAGCAUCCCAGUGCAACGUCAGCCUGAAGAAGCAGAGGAGCCGCAGCAUCCUCAGCUCCUUCUUCUGCUGCUUCCGUGAUUACAAUGUGGAGGCUCCGCCAGGCAGCAGCCCCGGUGUUCUUCCGCCGCUGGUGGAGGAGAACGGCGGGCUUCAGAAGGGUGACCAGAGGCAGAUCAUUCCCAUACCAAGUCCACCAGCUAAGUAUCUCCUUCCAGAGGUGACGGUGCUUGACUAUGGAAAGAAAUGUGUGGUCAUUGAUUUAGAUGAAACAUUGGUGCACAGUUCAUUUAAGCCUAUUAGUAAUGCUGAUUUUAUUGUUCCCGUUGAAAUCGAUGGAACUAUACAUCAGGUGUAUGUGCUGAAGCGGCCACAUGUGGACGAGUUCCUCCAGAGGAUGGGGCAGCUGUUUGAGUGUGUGCUCUUUACUGCCAGCUUGGCCAAGUACGCAGACCCUGUGGCUGACCUGCUGGACCGCUGGGGUGUGUUCCGGGCCCGGCUCUUCCGAGAAUCAUGUGUUUUCCAUCGAGGGAACUAUGUGAAAGACCUGAGUCGCCUUGGGCGGGAGCUGAGCAAAGUGAUCAUCGUGGACAAUUCUCCUGCCUCGUACAUCUUCCAUCCUGAGAAUGCAGUGCCUGUGCAGUCCUGGUUCGAUGACAUGACAGACACGGAGCUACUAGACCUCAUCCCCUUCUUUGAGGGCCUGAGCCAGGAAGACGACGUGUACAGCAUGCUGCACAGACUCUGCAGUAGGUAG